CGAAGCUUAGCGUUCAUUUCAUUUCAUUCCAAUCUAUUUCCCAACCACACAUACAUGUACAGAUACACAUAUUCAUGUGUAUAUAUAUAUGCGUGUGUGUGUAUGUGUAUAUAACACCUAACUUGAUCUCAAACAAUCAUCACUUGUAAUAAUAGUGAUCCCUCUUCCGUUCGGUCCGGAAAUUAAGCCUUGAGAUAAUGUUCCAAUCUCCGAGCAAGAAGAAAUGGAACGUCUCUUUCUCGUCAUCAAGUUCUUACAGAGAAGUGAUCGUUUUAGGAAACAACAAGAGCUGCAGAGAGCAGAGAGGAUCUUCUGAUGAUGCUAGUAAGAGACUCCGGUUCUCGUGGAAGGUUAUAUGGAGGAAGAUGAUGAUGAUGAAGGGCACCUCUGCGUUUUCUCGUUCCUCCUCUGUGAAGGUGGCUUCAUACGAGCCGUCCGAUUACUGGUUGAAUUUCGAUCAAGGGUCAGGAUCUCACGAGCCCGAGAAUCUCUCUAGAUCCUUCUCCUCACGGUUCGCCGAUCCGACAAGAUCUAGGAGAGGAGGGCUGUUGUAAGCUGGUUCUUUUUUUUUUUUUUUUUUUUUUUUCUCUUUCUUUGCACAGAGGAUGUUGAUAUUGAUAAUAGGAAAAAAAUCGUGUGUGUUUUUUUGUUUGUUACUUAGAAAUUCUCAAACAUGGUUUUGUCUCUUUACUUGGUAAAACACUCUUCCUUCAUCAUUAAUCAUUUUAGAAUGGAUUUUUUUUUAUUAAACACUAU